AGCUAAGGAUGUCUUAUAACUAAGGCAGAAACUUAAGUAAAAGACAAAGAAAGUGAUCCAGAGAAAUUCAGCAUAUGCAAGGGUAGGAAGUACAGCUGGACCUCACAAAACCAGACGUGGUUAUCAAUUAGUAUAAGGUGCUUCUGGCUAUCAAGUAUCACAGAGUGUCUUGUUCUUUCUGUGUAUACUGGCAUCUCUGCUUCUCUAACCCACAGCCUCUGGAGUUUCUCUCCCACUUCAAAAUCCCCCUGGAGAGAGUCUGAUUGGCUUCUACAUCAGUUGUCUAUCAUUGGUCUAAUUAGCUGUAGCUAGGAGGGCAGGGUUAUAUAGCAUAAACAUAACUGCUUCAAAGCCUACCCUUCUUAUAGUUAAGGGGGUGCAGUGAGUUAUGGGCUAGGAAGUUUUCUCAGAAAGAAGCAACUUCAAAUAUCACUCUGACUGCAGUGUACAGAAUUGAGGGCAGGGGAUCCUGUUAGGAGAAUAUAGUAAUCUAGACAGUAGAUAAUGUUGGCCUGAGUUAGUUCAGUGAGUAAGUAAGAGGAGAACGUAUUUGUGGUAGACUAAAUGCCGAAGCUCCAGAAUGGCAUGGGAGGUUGAAUGUGGGAGGAUAAAGGGUGUCUCAAGGAUAAUGUCUGCACUGGUUUGAAUACCUCAGUGGAUGAUGAUAGCAGUCCCUGAGCUGGAGGAACAUAGAAGCAGAUUUGGUGGGAAUUGAGGGAGAUGAAGAAUUCAUUUUUUGUGCAUGCAGAGUUUGAGGUAGUUUUCAGACAUCCAAGUGGAGAUGUCUAGUAGACCUUUGAAUGUAUGCAUCUAGAGCAGAGGAAAAAGCUCAGUAGUAGAUAAAUAUUUGAAAUUCUUUCAUUUUAGGUGACAACUGAAACCAUGAGUAUAGAUGAAAUUACCCUGGGAGAGUAUAACAAAAGAAGAGGGCCAAGACAGCCCUGAAGAGAAUCAUAUUGCAGGGCUGGAAGUAGGAAAGGAGCCUGUAAGGGAGUCUGGGAAGGAAUAGAAGGGUGUGAGAGCAAUCAGGAGUAUGCGAUAUUUUGAGGAACCUAAGGAAAGUGUUUCAGGCAGGAGAAUGUGCUCAACAGUGUGGAGUGCUGCUGAGCAGAGUAAAGUUCUGUUGAGUUCAGAAACGAACCUUGGCGAAAGAGUUUAAUGGGACUGGUGAAUAGGGAAAUGGGAUUGAGGACUUCGGGAGGUGAAGAGACCAAAGUAGCAAAUAUAAACAGUGCUUAAGCAAUUUGCCUGUGAGGCGAAGGAGAGAGGAGCCAGUGGCUAGACAUGGUUAUGACAGUGAAGUAAGGUUUUUAGGUAUGUGUAUUUUUUAAAAUAGCAGUCUUGCUCUUGAUCAUAUUUUAGUGCUAGGAGAAAGAGCGAUAAUCAGUUGAGUAAGAUAAGAGAGUUAUUCAGAGCAAAAAUAAGUAUGUGGAAAUUGGUUUAGUGGUUAGAGGUUGAGGUAUUUCCUGAAUUUUAUUUUCUCUAGGACUAUCUAAAAGGAAAGUAGGGUUGAACAUUUAAGGAGCAGGAGGACUAUUUGGAAUAGAUACCGUAGAAAUUAGAGCAGGUAACUGACUAGGGUAAUUAGGAUUUUUUCCCUGGCUUAGAUUUGAGGCCUUGAAUUUAAAAAAACAGCACCAAUAUGCACCAUUGUAUUUGUUUUGUCCUUCAGUCUAGUUAUAGGCUCAAAAGGAAGAGACAACUAGUUUGGCCCAUGCUGUGCUAUUUCAGAUUGGUGUUUCAGGAGAGAGCAGGGCAGAGAUACUGGCACGAUGGCCAUCUAACUAAUGGACCAUGGAAUAUAAACUGAGGAAGGAAAGAGGAAAAAGAAAGAGAGAAGUAAGUUAUUAAAAGCCUGAGGUGUCCUUACUUGUAAAGAAUAAGUGAGUAACUCAAUGUGAGACACUAAAGGAGAAUGAACCAGUAGCUUCUUGGCUAUUUCCAGCCUGUGUUGCUGGAAGAAUUUUAUUACCAAUGAAAUAAAUAAACAUGAAAGGGCAAGUUAGUUUUGGAAGGAGUUAAAGUUGGAUUUUCACUAUUUCUAGGUUGAAUACCUAUGGAACAUUCAUACCAAGAUGACCAAGGGGCAGUGGAAAAUACAGGAGAGAGAUCAGGAUGGAAGCAAAAAUGGGAGAUCAUAACUUGAGCCACAAAUUUACCAACAAAUAUAAACUCUAGGCUUUAUCCCAUGAAAGGCAACUUGAAGAUGAGCUAAAGCAUAAAAGUGAAGCAAUUUCUGAGUGAUUGAUACAGCUUCUUGGUGAAUUUUUGGAUGAAGCCAUUAAAUUAAUUGCUUGCCAUCAUGAGCAGAAGCAAGCGUGACAACAAUUUUUAUAGUGUAGAGAUUGGAGAUUCUACAUUCACAGUCCUGAAACGAUAUCAGAAUUUAAAACCAAUAGGCUCAGGAGCUCAAGGAAUAGUAUGUGCUGCUUAUGAUGCCAUUCUUGAGAGAAAUGUUGCAAUCAAGAAGCUAAGCCGGCCGUUUCAGAAUCAAACCCAUGCUAAGCGGGCCUACAGAGAGCUAGUACUUAUGAAAUGUGUUAAUCACAAAAAUAUAAUUGGCCUUUUGAAUGUUUUCACACCACAGAAAUCCCUAGAAGAAUUUCAAGAUGUUUACAUAGUCAUGGAGCUCAUGGAUGCAAAUCUUUGCCAAGUGAUUCAGAUGGAGCUAGAUCAUGAAAGAAUGUCCUACCUUCUCUAUCAGAUGCUAUGUGGAAUCAAGCACCUUCACUCUGCUGGAAUUAUUCAUCGGGACUUAAAGCCCAGUAAUAUAGUAGUAAAAUCAGACUGCACUUUGAAGAUCCUUGACUUUGGUCUGGCCAGGACUGCAGGAACAAGCUUUAUGAUGACGCCUUACGUAGUGACUCGCUACUACAGAGCGCCUGAGGUCAUCCUGGGCAUGGGCUACAAGGAAAACGUUGACAUUUGGUCAGUUGGGUGCAUCAUGGGAGAAAUGAUCAAAGGUGGUGUUUUGUUCCCAGGUACAGAUCAUAUUGAUCAGUGGAAUAAAGUUAUUGAACAGCUCGGAACACCAUGUCCUGAAUUCAUGAAGAAACUGCAACCAACAGUAAGGACUUAUGUUGAAAACAGACCUAAAUAUGCUGGAUAUAGCUUUGAGAAACUCUUCCCUGAUGUACUUUUCCCAGCUGACUCGGAACACAACAAACUUAAAGCCAGCCAGGCAAGGGAUUUGUUAUCCAAAAUGCUGGUAAUAGAUGCAUCUAAAAGGAUCUCUGUAGAUGAAGCUCUCCAGCACCCAUAUAUCAAUGUCUGGUAUGAUCCUUCUGAAGCAGAAGCUCCACCACCAAAGAUACCUGACAAGCAAUUAGAUGAAAGGGAACACACAAUAGAAGAGUGGAAAGAAUUGAUAUAUAAGGAAGUUAUGGACUUGGAAGAGAGAACCAAGAAUGGAGUCAUACGGGGGCAGCCUUCUCCUUUAGGUGCAGCAGUGAUCAAUGGCUCUCAGCAUCCAUCGUCAUCGUCGUCUGUCAAUGAUGUGUCUUCAAUGUCAACAGAUCCGACUUUGGCCUCAGAUACAGACAGCAGUCUAGAAGCAUCAGCUGGGCCUCUGGGCUGCUGUAGAUGACUACUUGGGCCUUGGGGUGGGGGGGGGAGGGACGGGAGUCGGUUAGUCGUUGAUAGAACUACUUUGAAAACAAUUCAGUGGUCUUAUUUUUGAGUGAUUUUUUUUAAAAAAGUAGGAUUCAUUUUGUAGUAAAGUAGCUUAUUUUUUUUAAUUUCAAGUGAUGUAAUUUAAAACCCAAGUUGUGUUUUAAAACAGCAACAAAACUGUAUUGUAUUUUUUGCUGUAAUUAACUGUAUAAUGUAAACCUAAUUAUUUUAUCAUGGUUUAAAUUUUUUGCAUAUUUGCUUUAUCUUAUGCUGCUGAUUUUUUUUUUACUGAAUUUGUAAGAUUUUGUUUAUCAAAGCAACUAUUAUGUGGUGACUUGCCUAUAUCAUGAAUUAUUUAAGAUUUUUAUAGUUUUUUUAUUAGAAUUUAUUUCAGAUGUUUUGUUCAUGAUACUAUCCUUCAGGGUUACGUGCUUAUCAAUGAAAUAACCCCAGAGGAGUGAGGGAAAAUAACCCGUAGCCAGUUAUAUUCAGGAAUAACUACUGUAAAUGAUGAACGUGUUAAGAGACCUCCAAUAUUUGCUACUUGCCAAUCCUAAUUUAGUUACAGCAAUUGGUAGGCAUCCUACUUAAUUUUGGCAAAAGCCCCAUCAUCUAAAUGGCAGAAUAACUCAGAGCAUGUCUUUGAGGAUGCUGGGCUUCCACCACCACCUUCUUAUCUCCCCACCCCACCUAACAAAAGUCAAGUAAAAAGAAUAUGGUGUAUCCUGCAAAUUUGUGGCAUGCUCAAAGUUUAUGAUCACAUAAAGUCAAGAGGAUACUUCAUGAAUACAUUUCAAUGCAAAUAAACAGAUGGUUCACUUCUACUAGCUAUGAGCCUGUUUUUGUAUACACUGAGUGAAUCUACUCAGGCUGUAGGCCCCAGCAGUGUUCAGAGUCUGGUCUUUGCAUUUCCUGCAGCCGCAGGCCCUUGCACCUUUCCGCUUGCCUACUGCUUGGCGUGCCAGUCGAGCACCAGUUCUGGUGUUUAUGGCCAUUUGAUUCUACCUGUAGCAUAAUCAUAUCUAUUCUUGCUGUUGGGAGGUUCCAAAGCCUACUUAGAUUUGUGUAGGUGUUGUAUCAAAUGAGCAAUAUAUACCGUUCAUCUGGAAAUAGUAGCACACAGCCAUAUGUAGGAUAUCAUUUUCUAAGGACUGUUUCUUCACAGUGAGCAGAGCAGGCAAAUGGUGGUUAUUUGGUCUGAGUCUUUCAUUUUUUUAUACCUGAUUUUCAAUAUAACACGAAAUGUGGAUGUCGAGUAGUGUUAAGAAUGGUGCUGCUCCUGACAAGUGUAUGUUAACUGUUUACAUUUUAUAUCUGCAGAAUUAUUUCUCUAUAACUGAAUUUUUCCUAAGUAAAAUGUCAUUGGAGUCUCA